CGCCGUGUAUACAAAGAAAAUGUCAUUCCACCAAAAGAACUGAAGAACAUCAUGCAGAGAGAGACAUAUGAUAAGGCAAGAGCAUACAGCUUGGACAAAAGCAAGUUUGGCUUUGUGGAGGGAGCGUUCAACCAGAUAGUGAGUACGGGCAUCAUGGUGUAUGGAGGGUUUCCUGCACUGUGGGCAGCAUCUGGCCAGUUUAUUCAGUGGCUUGGCUUCAGUCCUGAGGCUGAAAUCCCACAGACUGUGGCUUUUGUGUGCAUUGGUUCACUGCUGAACAACAUCAUCUCCCUACCCUGGUCUGCAUACUACACUUUCAAAGUAGAACAGAAGCAUGGUUUCAACAAACAAACUCCUGGAUUUUUCAUAAAGGAUAAACUCAAGAAAUUUGUUGUUUCCCAAGUGAUUGCUUCACCAGUUAUUGCUGGUCUUGUAUAUAUUAUUAAGGUAAGUAUAAUGAAGUCAUAUAGUUUCUAA